AUGGAGGUGGGCUCAAAUCUGUUUCAAUUCAAAUUCCAAAAAGAGUUUGAGAUGAAAAGGGUUUUCAAAGGAGGCCCUUGGACGUUCGACAACCAAGCACUUAUGCUUUGUCGGUGGCAGAUGGGUUUGACAGCACGUAACGUGAAGUUUGAUUCAAUACCGAUGUGGGUGCAAAUUUGGGACGCACCAUUUGACAUGGUUUCUCCCAAGGUGGCCGUGGAAGUGGGGAGUAGGUUGGGAGUGGUAGUAGAGGAGGAGAAGCGACUGAAGCUUGAGGCACAACGGCUGUUCAUGCGAGUCCGGGUUGCUAUUCCGAUUUCAAAACCGAUAAGAAAGGGAGGCUUUGUGGCGGGAUCAGAUGGUACUCGGUACUGGGUUAAAUUCAAGUAUGAGCGACUGCCGUUGUUUUGUCACUACUGUGGGUUGCUGGGUCAUGAUCUACGUCACUGCGCCAGUUACUACGCGGCAUCAAAGAACAGCGGCGACGUGAUGUGUCAGUACAGCGACUGGAUGAAGGCGGUUGGCUCACGGACUUGGUCGCCAACGAGAAACAAAGCUAGGAACGACGAGGAGGAACUAUUCCGUUCACAAAAACACAGACCUGAACGGCAGUAUGAGACAGUGGCUGUCGGAUCUAUCUUUACAACCCAGACGGAGGAGGAGACAUGUGGAAAAGGAAAUGACGCACAGUACGGAACGGACCCGGAUUUUCAGGAAAUUAUUACAAGCAAUAAUGAGGGGUCUGAAACGGAUGCAGCAAAAGUGAUGCCGCAACAUGUGGACAUUAUUAUGGGAGUUUUAAAUCCGGAAACUCGUGGAUUUUCAACGGAAAGUAACGCACAGAGAUCAUUGGAGGAGGUGGCAUUAAAUAUGAAUCAUGAAGAAGGUGAUUCAGAGGCCAUAAAUAAAAAGGAGGCACGUGAGCCACUAUUAGCAAAACAGGAGCACGUGUUAGACAAGUCUAAACCAAUUGGGCUUGCUAACUCAAAGCCCAAAUAG